CUUGAGCUUUUUACAACGGAAACAUCAGAUCGUGGAAAAUCUGCUCUUGGUUGCUUCGAGUUUUAGUCUCUGUGUGCGUCUGCAGUUGAUCAAUUACGUCGACACGAUGACUUUCACGAUUCCGACGCAGAAUGGGAAUGCGGCGGCAAGCCCUGAUGCUGAUACGCAAAGAACCCUGUACCCAUAUGUUACCGGGACCUCGGUGAUCGCAAUCAAGUACAAAGAUGGGAUUUUAAUGGCUGCUGAUAUGGGAGGUUCCUAUGGUUCCACCUUACGCUACAAGAGCAUUGAGCGAAUGAAGUCCAUUGGUAAGCAUUCACUUCUUGGUGCCAGUGGCGAAAUCAGCGAUUUUCAGGAGAUUCUGCGUUACCUUGAUGAGCUCAUCUUGUAUGAUAAUAUGUGGGAUGAUGGUAACUCUCUGGGUCCGAAAGAGGUUCACAACUAUCUGACCCGAGUCAUGUAUAACCGGCGAAACAAGUUCAACCCAUUGUGGAACACACUUGUGCUUGGAGGAGUAAAAAACGGGGAAAAGUACCUUGGAAUGGUUUCCAUGAUUGGUGUUAGUUUUGAGGACAAUCAUGUUGCCACUGGGUUUGGGAACCACCUUGCAAGGCCGAUUCUUCGUGAUGAGUGGCAUGAGGACCUCAGCUUUGAAGAUGGUGUCAAGCUACUUGAGAAAUGUAUGCGAGUUCUUCUCUACCGUGACAGAUCAGCUAUCAACAAGCUUCAGAUCGCUAAGAUCACGGAGGAAGGAGUCACGGUCUCGCAGCCAUACUCGUUGAAGACAUUCUGGGAAUUCUCGUCGUUUCACAACCCUACUGUAGGAGCUGAAGGCUCCUGGUAAGAACCAAGCCACCAACUCGGACAUGGUGUCCGGACAUGUCAUGAAAACUCAGGAAAGGCUGCUUCCACAGUUUGCACUCCCCAACCAAGUUAUACGGAAGUAGUAGUAGUGAUGUUGAUUAGACAAUACACAGAUUUGAUGGGUUUUUUUCUCUUUCUGAAUUCUUGUUUUUAAUCGGUGUAAUCUGUUUCUGGAUAUUAUUUCCCGUGUUUUGUUGGUUUAUGCAGCUUCAGAAGUGACACAGUUGAAGCAAAACGAAGGGUUAACGUCCAAAAUGUAAGAAUCCGUGCGAUACAAGUACAGUGACUCGAAAUUGAAUC